UACAGAGUGGCGUCACGGUCCGAGCGAGCACAACACCGGCGGAGACGAUGGACAGCAAGCAGAGCCAGGUGCUGAACCUGGAGCGGGUGCAGGCGCUGGAGACUUGGCUGAAAUCGACCAAUACAAAGCUGACUCAAAUUAAUGGCCAGAGGAAGUACGGAGGACCCCCCGAGGUGUGGUAUGGGCCCACCCCAGGAGCCCGCUGUGAGGUCUUCAUCAGCCAGAUCCCUCGGGACACCUACGAGGAUCUGCUGAUCCCCCUGUUCAGCUCUGUUGGGCCCCUCUGGGAGUUCCGGCUCAUGAUGAACUUUAGCGGCCAGAAUCGCGGCUUCGCCUACGGCAAAUACGACUCGCCCGCCGCGGCUAACGAAGCCAUCCGGCUGCUGCACGGUCACAUGCUGGAGCCCGACUUCCGCCUCAGCGUCCGCCGCAGCACGGAGAAGAGACACCUCUGUAUCGGAGACCUGCCGGCCAUCACCAGGCAGGAGGACCUACUGAAGGUGCUGCGUGUAAUGGCCGACGGAGUGGAGAGAGUGUCCCUGAAGGCCGGGCCUGGUAUCGAGGGGGUGUCUGCUAUCGUGGCCUUCUCAUCCCACCACGCUGCUUCUAUGGCCAAGAAGGUGCUGGUGGAAGCAUUCAAGAAGCAGUUUGCAUUGAACAUCUCCAUCAAAUGGCAGUCCACCGUGAAGCCCAGCUUGGACGAGCAGCUGUCUCCACACAAGCCGUCAAAGAGCCUCCUGCCGUCCCCCCUGAAGCCCCCGCGUCACUCGCAGCCCUCGGCUCUGCCCCCUCGCAUGGCCCGCCCUCCACCCGUCCCCCUGGGUUUCUGCAGGGCAGUGGGAGGACCCACUGUCCCCCAGUACCCUCCCAGUUCCUCCACCUCUUCCUCCCAGAGGCACCUCGUGUCCACGGCGCCCUCGCCAUCCCCCGCGGCGCUCCUGCGUGAGCUGUGUGAGGCGACCGCCGUCGGCCCGCCGCUCUAUGAGAUAUGCUACAGCCACUCGGGGCCUGAUGGAUUCCUCUACUUUACCUACAAGGUGUGCAUCUCCGGGAUCACCACAGCCUUUAAAGGGCUGGUCAUGAUCUUCCCCGGACCCUCGCCCACCACCAUGCUGGAAGAAGCUCGGCGGGCUGCAGCCCAGCAGGUGCUGCACAGGCUGUACAAUAACCAGCUCGCCCACUAG